AUUAAUACAAUCUCGUCCUUUCCCUCGUGACGGUUAAAAUCAGAGUACGCGUGUACUCGAAUAGACAUCAGAAUGUAUCGGACGCUUGCGAUUGCGCAUCGUGCGGAAUGUUAACGUUCGUCCACGACCAUUGUUUGCGGUAUUAUGAAUCGUGAAUAUCAACAAACGUCGAUCGUAUAAAUACGUAAUCGGUUCCAUUGCCCGUUGAUCGCUCGAUCUCUUCUUCACUUGCUUCGUACAGAUCCAGAGUUCCUAACCUAUGCGCGCAAUCGCUCGCGUGUAUCUCGCGUCCAUCGAAAGUCGAGCUUCGUGACCGGUUGAAGUUCAAUCCCCGGUAACACAGUCCUCGAGAAAGGAUGCGGAACAACGUGGACGAACUGCUAGACGAGGAGCAUUGGCGCGUCGAGGCGCAGGCGGUGAUUAACGACGUGAAGAUGCACGUGCAAAAUAUAAAAGUGUCGGAGCGCUUGACUAGCACCAACAAAGUCAUCUAUUUAAACCUGACCACGCUGGAAGGCUUGCGGCUCUGCGUGGAACUGUCCGCCUCCGGUUUCACCAUCGUCGGUAAUCGGUACGACGACGUAUCGAAUACGAACAACGAGCAUUUCGAGACGCCAUACAGCUUGCUGGAAUACGUCAGCCCGCGUUACAGGGAAUCCUUCGGCUUGUCGCUGUUGAAUAAGCUGAAAGACCUGAAGAAUCAGCAGUAGGACUCAUUUGCAGACGGGCGACAAAGAACAGUGGAGAUCGUGCUCGAGGAUGCUUCCUUAGAUAAUGAACUCUGUUUAUAAUUAGUGCGACAAAUGGGGUAGGAUACAGCUAUUUAUGAAGUAACCUUUUCGCUGUCUGGCACAACGGUGAUCUCGCGGAGCGUCGAUUUCGUCGUUUCCUUCUUACGUACGACGGCUCUUGUAUAUUUUUAUCGCCUUCCGCGAAGCAAUUUUCUGAUACUCUUGCUCUAAUCAGUGGCCUUACAGACGCGCUACAUUACGCAGUAUGACGCAUGCUUAUUGCUUUGUUCUUUCGACAUACCUACAAUGUGAUUUUGUAUUUGAACAUUUCUGUUUAAAAUAAUGAGUGUAAAAUGGCAACCUUAACUUAAAUUUAACUUAAAUUUCAAUCUUAAUGAGACGAAUCAAUAAAAGAUAAUGAUUGAUC